UGUUUCUAAAAAAAGGGUGUGUCAAGAAAAUGGGUAAAAAUAUUGUUAUGAAUGAAAAUAAGAACAUGAAUGGGUCUAUUAGGUCCAUUUUCAUGCAUGCUGAUGGGGAAGAUUGGUUCCUUAUGAUUUUAGGUACCAUUGGAGCAAUUGGUGAAGGUUUCAACGCUCCUUUGAUUUUGUAUAUUUGUAGCCACAUGAUUAACAAUAUUGGAAGUUCAUCUACCAUGGAUGUAGACACUUUCAUCCAUAACAUCAACAAGAAUGCUUUGGUUUGGUUAUAUUUGGCUUGUGCAACUUUUCUUGUUUGCUUUCUUGAGGGAUAUUGUUGGACAAGGACAAGUGGAAGACAAGCUGCAAGAAUGAGAUACAAGUACUUAAAAGCAGUACUUAGGCAAGAAGUUGCUUAUUUUGAUUUGCAGGUUACAAGCACCUCAGAAAUCAUCACUAGUGUCUCUAAUGACACUAUUGUAAUUCAAGAUGUUCUUAGUGAGAAGGUUCCAAAUUUCUUGAUGAACAUUUCAUUGUUUAUUGGGAGCUACAUAGUGGCAUUUACAAUGUUAUGGAGAAUGGCCAUUGUAGCAUUUCCAUCUGUUAUUCUUCUGGUAAUCCCUGGAAUAAUCUAUGGCAAGGUUUUGAUGGGUUUAUCCUGCAAGAUUAGAGAAGAGUAUAAUCAAGCUGGUACAAUUGCAGAACAAACAAUAUCUACCAUUAGAACUGUCUAUUCAUUUGUGGGAGAAAACAAAUCCAUGUUUGCUUUCUCUAAUGCUUUGCAAGGGAUUGUUAAUUUGGGUUUAAAACAAGGAUUAGCUAAAGGUUUAGCAAUUGGAAGCAAUGGUGUUGUCUUUGCAAUUUGGUCCUUCAUGUGCUAUUAUGGUAGCAAAUUGGUUAUGUAUCAUGGUGCUAAAGGAGGGACAGUUUUUGCAGUUGGAGCAUCCAUAACUGUUGGUGGAUUAGGAUUAGGAGCAAGUUUAUUAAACAUAAAGUAUUUCUCAGAAGCAUGUUCAGCUGGUGAAAGAAUAAAGAGAGUAAUUGAAAGAGUUCCCAAGAUAGAUUCCAACAACACAAAAGGAGAGAUAUUAAACAAUGUUUUUGGGGAAGUGGAAUUUGACCAUGUAGAAUUUGCAUAUCCAACAAGACCAGAAACCAUUAUCCUUAAAAACUUGUGUCUCAAGAUUCCAGCAGGGAAAACAAUGGCAUUGGUUGGUGAGAGUGGUUCAGGGAAAUCAACUGUGAUAUCUUUAUUGCAACGGUUUUAUGAUCCAAUCGGUGGUGAGAUACGUCUUGAUGGAGUAGCUAUUCGUAACUUGCAGAUUAAAUGGCUUAGGUCAAUGAUGGGGUUGGUUAGUCAAGAACCUGCUUUAUUUGCAACAAGCAUUAAAGAGAAUAUAAUUUUUGGUAAAGAAGAUGCUACCGAAGAUGAGAUUGUUGAAGCUGCGAAAAUUUGUAAUGCUCAUGAUUUCAUUUCUUUGCUUCCUCAAGGUUACAAUACUCAGGUAGGAGAAAGAGGGAUUCAAUUAUCAGGUGGACAAAAACAAAGAAUAGCAAUUGCUCGAGCAAUAAUUAAGAAACCGCGAAUCUUUCUUUUGGAUGAAGCAACUAGUGCGUUAGACACUGAGUCAGAAAAAAUGGUCCAACAAGCACUCGAAAAUGCAACAAACGGAUGCACUGCCAUCAUAAUCGCCCACCGCCUCUCCACAAUCCAAAAUGCCGACAUUGUUGCCGUUGUGGACGAUGGAAGAGUCAAUGAGAUUGGCUCACAGGAUGAACUUCUAGAAAAUGAAAAUGGCAUCUACUCGUCCCUUGUCCGCCUUCAACAAACCAACAAAUCCAAAACACAAUCAGAUGAAACUGUUACAGCUACUUUCACCAAUGUAGACACAGAUAUCACGUGUCUAGUGGACCCUACUAGUUCAGCUGAAGAUCACAUUAGCGUCCAUCAAGCUAGUACUAGUAACAACAAAAAUGAAGAAGACGUGAAGCAACUAAAUAAUCCGGUGUCAUUUUGGAGAUUACUUCUACUGAACGCUCCAGAAUGGAAGCAAGCGGUUUUAGGGUGUUUGAGUGCAAUGGUGUUCGGUGCAGUUCAACCUGUUUACGCAUUUGCAAUGGGGUCGAUGAUAUCUGUGUAUUUUCAAACAGAUUACGAGGAGCUAAAAAACAAGAUUAAAAUCUAUUCUCUUUGUUUUCUGUGUCUAUCGUUAAUAUCAUUGGUGGUUAAUGUUGGGCAACAUUAUAACUUCGCUUACAUGGGAGAAUAUUUGACUAAACGUGUGAGAGAGAGCAUGUUUUCUAAAAUGCUCACGUUUGAAGUUGGGUGGUUCGAUCGUGAAGAAAAUUCCAGUGGUGCUAUUUGUUCUCGACUUGCCAAUGAUGCUAAUGUGGUGAGGUCAUUAGUUGGUGAUAGAAUGGCUUUGUUGGUACAAGCUUUCUCAGCAGUAGCAACAGCAUACACUAUGGGUCUGAUCAUUUCAUGGAGGCUCAACCUUGUUAUGAUCGCCAUUCAACCGAUUAUAAUAGCUUGCUUUUACACAAGAAGUGUAUUACUCAAAAGCAUGUCAAGUAAGUCUAUGAAGGCCCAACAACAAAGUAGUAAGAUAGCUGCUGAAGCUGUUUCAAAUCAUAGAACCAUAACUGCUUUUUCUUCUCAAGAUAGAAUACUCAAAAUGCUUGAAACCUCCCAACAAGACCCAAUUCAAGAGAAUUUUCGACAGUCGUGGUUUGCUGGUAUUGGGCUUGGGUUUUCACAAUUCCUCUUAUCUUGUUCUUGGGCCAUGAAUUAUUGGUACGGCGCCAAGCUUGUUGCUGAUGGGAACAUAACAAGGAAAGCAUUGUUUGAGAGUUUUAUGGUGGUCGUGAGCACGGGACGGGUUAUAGGUGAUGCUGGCAGCAUGACUAAAGACCUUGCCAAAGGCGUUGAUGUUGUGAGCUCUAUUUUUGCCAUUCUUGAUCGGUCUACCAAAAUCAAGCCAGACAACCCUAACGGAUUUAAGCCCGAUACAUUAAUGGGCCAUAUCGAACUCUACGACGUGCAUUUUGCUUACCCCGCUAGGCCAAAUGUGGCUAUCUUUCAAGGUUUUUCAAUCAAAAUUGAAGCAGGGAAAUCGACGGCAUUAGUGGGGCAAAGCGGGUCUGGCAAAUCAACCAUCAUAGGAUUAAUAGAGAGAUUCUAUGAUCCAAUAAAAGGAAAUGUGACAAUAGAUGGUACAAACAUAAAAUCAUAUAACCUAAAGUCACUAAGAAAACACAUAGCACUUGUGAGCCAAGAACCAACAUUGAUAAAUGGAACCAUAAGAGACAACAUUGCAUAUGGAACAACAACAUGUGACAACAUCGAUGAAACUGAGAUCAUAGAGGCAUCAAGAGUAGCCAAUGCUCAUGAUUUCAUUGCAAGUUUGAAAGAUGGGUAUGAGACAUGGUGUGGGGACAAAGGAGUGCAACUUUCAGGGGGGCAAAAACAAAGGAUAGCAAUAGCUAGAGCCAUGUUGAAGAAUCCAAAGGUGUUGCUUCUAGAUGAAGCAACAAGUGCACUUGAUAAUAAUUCAGAAAAGGUAGUGCAAGAUGCAUUGAAUAAGGUAAUGGUUGGAAGGACUAGUGUGGUUGUAGCACAUAGGUUGAGUACCAUACACAAUUGUGAUGUUAUUGCUGUUUUAGAAAAAGGGAAAAUGGUUGAAAUUGGAACUCACAAAGCAUUAUUGGAUAAAGGACCUUUUGGUGCUUAUUACUCUUUGGUGAGUCUUCAAACUAAACAUGCAUAAACAACCAAAUGCACUUCUAAUUAAUUUAUCUAUUCUAUCAACUAAUUGAGCAAAUGAAAUUAGUUACAAGAUGUCUUUGCUGGCUUGGGAUUGCUCUUCCAUUUUAGCUUCAUAGGAGAUAGGUAUUAAGCUAGGGAUCGAUUUAGGGAACAUUUAAAUGUGUUAUUUUUCUUAUUUAAGUACUUUGUAUUAUUAUUAUUAUUCUCAAAUAAUGCAUGUAAAUUUCUAUCAUGUGGAAUCCAAUUUGUA